CGUCACUAGGGCCGGGUUUGCCUGCUGGUGGCGCACGCGCAUGCCGAGAGCAGACACAUGUGGCGCUACCGCCGUCAAACUUAAACAUACUACACAUUCCGUGCGACGCGCUUCGAGUAAGGCGCUUGAGGCAACAUAAUAUCGUGAUGGUAUAGGAUUUUAAGCCACCAUGAUGGAUCAAAAUCGCCAUCGUCACAGUGUGACACAAAUAGAGGAAUAUCGUCCAAGAUAUAGAUGGGGAAGUGUCACCAACGAAAAAUCUUUUCUGGAUAUUCUGGACGCUGAUUCGCAUCGAUUGCCAGCAACUUCUCUCACACUGGCUCCGGUAAACUCAAAUAUCUACGCGCGAAGACACUCAACACACGCUUGUCAAGUGACUGAAGACAGAAAUGUUGUCCCACCAAUUAUUCCACCUCCAGUGCCGAAGAGAGCACCUGCUGUACCAAAACGAACACAUAUCACGACCACGAAAAACACAUCAGAAAAUAAAUUGAUUAAAAAACCUAUGGGUCAACCUCCUCCUAUACCUCCUGCCUCUAAGAAUCGCGUCCUACCGCCUAUACCUAGCUCAGACACUAAACCAAAAACUACAGUUAAGAACCAAGCAGUUAUUGAAUCGAUUAAUACUAUCGGCAUCAAGAAAACUUACGAAGUAAAUCGUAACCCAUCUCCUAAAAAAAAACAGGGUACUCAAACUAGCUUCGACUACGGAAUCAUAUCGCAAAAGAACCAGACUGUGCAUACUCAUUCUGGUAUUACUAAGCCAAUUAAGAACAACAAUGGAUCAGCGAUGCCGAACGGAAGUGUUAAAAAGGUAUCAGUCAGGCAAGAUUCUGGCAUAUCGACCGAUAGUUUUAGCCAAACAUCUUCACCAAGUUACACCACGAAGACCAUGGAAACUCCGCUUCUGCCACCCAAGACACCCGUGAAGAACCAGAAUGGUCUUCUCGCCAGGGCUUUGGCAGCUCAAGAAGAACUCAACGCCAAUAACACCCUCAUUAAGAGCGCUUCAACUCCAGCAAGCCUACAGACUAUUGUCAAGUUUCACAAUGGAUCCAAUAUGUCCCUUCACCAUAGGAUAAUAAGGGAUAUAAGGAGACCCUCAAGCCACUGUUCUCAACGACUGAAGUUAAAGUUUAGGUUUGCUCAAAUUGUCCUCAACGCUGUAGCGCUAUUUGCUAUUGCAGCAGGAAUGGCAGCUUAUUUCAGGGCAUUCCCAACGGAGAUACAUAUAGUCAAUGCAACAGUGAACAUAACAACCAGUCCCGUGAUAGAAAGGAUAACCCAGGACAAUCCGGCACCAGGCGUCUGCCUGCCAGUCAUCGUCAAUUUUUGUCAGCAUCACAAAAUCCCGUACAACUACACGGUGUUCCCGAAUUAUAUGGGUCAAUUUGGACAGAGGGACGCUCAACAGGAAUUGGAAGUGUAUGACGCUGUGGUGAACGUGCGGUGUUAUGAAUUGGCCGCCUUGUUUCUUUGCUCCCUCUUCGUCCCGAAAUGCGGCCCAGGUGGCGCCCUUGUGCGGCCAUGCCGAAAUCUUUGCUACGAAACUAAGAAGAGGUGUGGUUUUUUCCUUGAUGUAUUCGGCUUGACACUACCCGACUAUUUAGAGUGCAGACUAUUUCCAGAAAUGCCAGAUCCCAACAUUUGCGUUGGUCAUGCCGAAGUUAAAGAAGCCAAACGGAGAGCCCAAACACCAGUGUGUCCAAAUGGAUUUCAAUGUGACAUAUCGAGAUGCCUACCGAAAGAUUGGCAAUGUGACGGUCACGUCGACUGCAAGGAUCAAUCAGAUGAGUUGAAUUGCAAAAAAUGUGGCUUAGGUAUGAUACACUGUGGUGCAAAUAGGUGCAUCACACAAGAGCACAUGUGUGAUGGUAGAGUGGACUGUCCUUAUGGCCAAGACGAGAGGAAUUGCUUGAGACUCAGCGAAAGAAAUGGAGAUGAAGGCAGGGGUCAAUUGGAGGUGUUUCGUCCUGAUAUGGAAAAAUGGGUGCCAGCUUGUGUGCAACAUUGGGAUCAGAGCACUUCUCCGAAAUACAUAUGCUCCCUUCUUGGAUAUUCCAACGCGUCCAGAACUCAAAUCAUACGUGGGACUGAUCUCCAAAAUUCUCCGCGGCUCUAUGAUAGUCCAUCUUAUUGGCAAUUCCACAAGAACAAGAGACCCAAGAAUCUCAUCCGUCAGUUUGGCUCCUGCAACGGUACUAACUACCCUACCGUAGAGAUGUCUUGCACCAACUACAUAUGUGGUAAGGCCAGAAAGAGUUACGCAGAGAAACGCAGGACGACGAGGAUAAUUGGUGGUACAAGAUCCAAGCCUGGCGAUUGGCCCUUCUUGGCAGCUCUUCUGGGAGGACCUGAGGAGAUUUUUUAUUGUGCUGGCGUUCUGAUUGCAGAUCAGUGGGUGCUUACAGCAUCUCAUUGCGUUGGAAAUCAUUCGGACGUCAGCGGUUGGACUAUUCAACUGGGCAUUACAAGAAGACAUUCCCAUGCUUUUUACGGGCAGAAGAUGAAAGUGAAGAGAGUCGUGCCUCAUCCAAUGUAUAAUCUGGGAAUCGCACACGAUAAUGACGUUGCCCUAUUUCAGUUAUCAUCAAGAGUUACAUUCCAUGAACACCUUCUACCGGUUUGUCUACCAAAAGCUGAAAAACAACUGAAACCAGGAACUUUGUGCACUGUGAUUGGCUGGGGAAAGAAAGAAGAUAGUGGACUGUCAGAAUACGAACCUGAAAUCAAUCAGGUUGAAGUUCCUGUGCUGAACAGAGACCUCUGCAACUCUUGGCUGGAGUACAGAGACUUGAACGUGACAGAUGGCAUGAUUUGUGCAGGCUAUAAGGAAGGUGGAAAGGAUGCAUGUCAGGGAGACUCCGGUGGCCCGCUAUUGUGUAAAGAGAAAAACGACCCAGAAAGAUGGUACGUUGGUGGUAUUGUCAGUUGGGGAAUAAAAUGCGCUCAUCCACAUCUUCCUGGUGUUUACGCUUACGUCCCCAAAUUCAUACCCUGGAUCCAGGAACAGAUGAAACUAUACUCCGAUUAAGAAAAAAAAUUGGCUAAACAAGCAAACGCGGUAUUUGCAUCAGAAAGCAUUUGCUAGACACAUUUGAGUGGAGUUUGAAUUAAAUACCUGAGGAGAAAAAAUAAAAUCAAAGACGAAAGGGGUUAACCUGUCACUGGAAAAAAGAAAUUAUGUAUGUUGCAAAAUUUUAGGAAAUAAUGCCCGAAAAAAAAAUUCAUAACUAUUUUCUACCUACUGCUAACUGAAGUCAAUAAUCAUUUUAGCUCAAAACAUUAAUUAAAUAAUUGUAAUAAAAUAAAUAAUACGUGAACUGAUCGACAAUAAAAAUGGCAGAAAAGAUUUAAACAAUAACUGAAAGAAAUUAAAAAGUCUCGAAACAAAAAACUCACAAUUCGAGCAUAUAAUAUAUAUACUACUAUAAGAAUUUCUCUUUAAUCCUGGAUGUAUUUUUACCAGUAUUUGCGCUUUUAUUAUUAAAUAUUCCAGGAAAAUUUCAAGGUGUUGAAAACACACGACUUUCACAAUGAGGAACGACAAUAAACUCAACUACUAUUUCUUCAAUACAGGAAAGUUUCCUCAUUAUAAUUGUGUGAAACAAUUUCAACUCAAUGAAUAUUAGACGAAAAACUUACAAAUGAAAAUGAAGACAAUAAGAUUAUGGAAUAUACAUAUACAUUUUCAUAUUUUUCAGAGAUGUUCUCAAUGUCAAUGUUAGUACAUGUUUAGUGUAGAUUUAACCUGUCUAAGAAAAUACAUAUCCAAGAUGGCAGUCGAAUAUUGAAAAUAGAAAUGUGUUUAUGGGAUAAAUCAGGCUCCAAAAGUUAAUCGUUCAUAAAUUCAAAAAUUAAUCUGAAAGUCCUGGAUAUAGUUCUUUCCUUCAAGAAAAUGAAUUAUAUCCUUUUUGAUACCUAAUCGAUACUUAGAUAUUGCUGAAAUCCGAAGGCCACAUUACGAAGUAAAGAUGACACUUUUAUCGUCAAUUAGAAGCCACGAUAUAGAGAUGAUCUAUAACCGACCGACAGAAGUUAUGUCCCAGCAAUAAGAAACAGGAACGUUAUACCCACACAAUAAAACCUCGGCGAAAUUUCGGAAAAGCACUCUGAUUCUCUCGGACAACAUAUUUUCCACUAACUCCCAUUAAUAUUUCCCUGUAUACAAGGUGGAGUCAGCAAAUUCACAAUCUAUAAUUCAAAUGUUCAAAUAUCUAAGUGAAAAAUCGAUUCAUUGGAAUUUUUCUCGAAUGAAAAAAGAAAAUUUUCAAAAUUACAAACAUAUCUUCCAUUAGUUAGUUUCCCUUAAAAAUUAGAAAAAGUAUCAUAAAGUCCCUUUCAGAAACCCUGUUUUAAUUGUGUUGAAAAAUCACCAAAAUUAAAAAGAAAUUUCGAAUGUAACUAAAUGCAAGUUGUCUCAACGACAGAAAACAUGGAAAGGUCAAAGAGUGUCUGUCUCUUUGAGGUUAUACAGGGAAACGGAAUAUCCGAUUAUAAGGAAUAAAUGAUUACUUUAUUCGAAAGUUUCCUGGAAUUUAUAAGAACGGUCAAACAGAACUUGAAAUCCUAUAAACAAAGGGAGAAAGUAAGCUUAUGUUGGUGAAAACUCGUUGUAGUGUAGGUAUACUAUAUGUUUCUUGUGUAGAUCACAUUAGUAUUAUUAUUAUCUAGCUGAAGAUGUCUGGAAUGGUCCUAUUAAAAUUACUUGUCGGGACCUAUAAUUCUAUUCGAAUGUUAGAAAUUAUACAAGUUUGAAUGUUUCCUUGUUUAGUUCGCACAGAUUGAAUGUCGAAAUAUUAGGGAUACCGAGAAAAAAUCAAUUCAGGGCUAACUCUCAAGUUAAUGUAGAAUUCGGAAAAUGAACCUGAAAGACGAUUUCAAUUUCAAACAUAGGUAUAAUAUAUUUGAGCAGAGAAACUGAACCCACUAUGUUAUGUAGACUUUAAGAGCAAUCAUAUUCGAUGAAUAAAUUGAACAUAAAAUAAAGACAAUAAAAUUAUAAAAUAUAUAUUUUUUCAUAUUUUACAAACAUGUUCUCAAUAUGAUAUUAGCAAACGAAAUAUGAAUGUGG